CUAUUCCAUUCUAUUCAAUUGUAUCGCCUUAUUGUGUGUUCUGUUUCCCCCUGCUCUUAUCUGCUCUACCAUGGCUCCUCAUUUUUUCUUCCCUUUGGUCAUGCUUUCAUUGUUUUCAAUCUCCGCUCUUCCUCACUCUCUCAAUAAUCAACACCAAGAACAGCAAUUGCUGCUGCGAUUCAAAGAUUCUAUUUCCCACAAUAACACCACUUCUCUGCCCGACUGGACACCCCAAAUACCCCUGUGCAAUUGGUCGGGUCUUACCUGCGAUCCCUCCUCACACUCUCUCAUCGCCCUCAAUUUAUCCCACAUGAAUUUGGCGGGCACCAUACCUCCUGUCUUGGGGAAUCUCUCCUCUCUUCGAUCCCUUGAUCUCUCCUUCAAUGCCCUCACUGGUCACAUUCCACCUCAGCUCGGCCAACUAUCCUCUCUAAGAUACCUAGAUCUCUCCGAGAAUGCCCUCACUGGUCACAUUCCGCCUGAACUCGGCCAACUUCGCCGUGUGCAGACGCUUCAGCUGUGCCACAAUCGAUUACAAGGAACGAUUCCCCACUCUCUCUUCGCUUGCCGCAGUUUGUAUGAUCUGGGACUCUCUUAUAACCAACUGCAUGGCAGCAUUCCGCCUGAACUGAGUCGCCUCACAAGUCUCAAGUAUCUUUACUUAGGACAAAACAAUUUCACAGGUACCAUUCCCCGUUCCUUAGGAAACCUGUCCUCCUUACUUGAAUUGUAUUUGGGAGACAAUUAUCUCACAGGCACCAUUCCCAAAUUCUUGGGAAAUCUGUCCGCUUUAGUUGAAUUAGAAUUGGGAGGAAGUAAUCUCUCAGGUAGCAUUCCCCCUGAGUUGGGCAUGCUAACUCACCUGCGGGAUCUGUACCUUUUUCAAACUAACUUAUCGGGCACCAUUCCCCAUUCUUUAGGAAAUCUGUCCGCCUUAGUUAGAUUGCAUUUGGGAAAAAAUCAUCUCACAGGCACCAUUCCCAAAUUCUUGGGAAAUCUGUCCGCCUUAGUUGGAUUGACGUUGGCAGAAAAUGAUCUAACAGGUACAAUUCCCUCUGAAUUGGGCAUGCUCCCUCACCUGCAGCUUCUUUACCUCUGGGGAAAUUUCUUAUCAGGCACCAUUCCUAGCUCUUUAGGAAAUCUCUCAAAAUUGACAGAGUUAGCCUUGGCACAAAAUAAUCUGACAGGUACCAUUCCCCCUGAAUUGGGCAUGCUAGCUAACCUACAGGCUCUUUACCUUGAGAUGAAUAACUUGUCAGGUACCAUUCCACCUCAAUUAGGCCAACUUUCCCAUCUGCAGCUACUCUGGCUCUACAGCAAUCAAUUGCAAGGAGCCAUUCCCCAUGAAUUGAGCAUGCUCACUCAACUGCAGGUCCUUUACCUCCAGGGAAAUUACCUAUCUGGCACCAUUCCCAGCUAUUUGGGAAAUCUCUCAAAAUUAACUGUUUCAUCCUUGUCAGAAAACCAACUCCAAGGCCCCAUUCCCCCUGAAUUGGGCAUGCUUACUAACCUGCAGCGUCUUAACCUUCGGAAAAAUAACUUAUCAGGCAAGAUUCCCAGCUCUGUAGGAAACCUCUCAGAGUUGACUUAUUUAAUCUUGUCAGAAAACCAUCUCCAUGGCCCCAUUCCGUCCUCUUUAUCAAAUCUCUCGAAACUGAUGAGAUUAUAUCUAUCAAAAAACCAACUUAGUGGGCUUAUUACUUAAAAGUUGGCACCAAACUCUCCAAUUUACAUUUCCUUAGUUUACAUCGAAAUGUACGUAGUGAAGAAAACCCAGAUUCUCAUGGUAGAUUCCAUAAGUUAAGAUAUCUUUGUCUAUAGCACAAGAAAUUAACAGGGGAGAUUCCUGUUAAUUUAGUGGGAUGUCAGAUGUUGCAGUUUCUUUGCUUACCUCACAGUAAACUAGGGGAAAGUAUACUAUUUUAAACAAACAUAUUUGCACUCAAAGAAACUUUUGGCUAUAUUGUUCCAGAGUAUAGAUUGCAAGUGAGUAUUUGUAUGAAGGGAGAUGUUUAAGGUUAUGGAAUUCCGAUAUUAGAGAUGGGUACAAGGAAGUGAUGACAUACAUGAACUUCCAGAAGCGGUUGAGCCGAGCAUUUUCAAACAGACUUUAGAUAUUGUUUAUAGAGGGCUAUUAAGGAAAGACAAUAGAUUUCUUUCUUUCAUUUAUGUUGGUUUUCUUUGUACGGGUGGAUCACCAAGAGAACGACCUUCCAUGAUAAAUGUAGCCAUGGUGUUCAAGAGCCUGAACAAUUUUUUCAAAGGAGGCUUCCAAUUUAACAAUGUUACACAUCCUGCACAAUAACAAUUCCACAGAAACAUUUUAGAUGUUUAUAAGUUUGUUAAAAAGUUUUAGUCCUUCCAUGUAAAUUCCAGCUCUUUGAUCUUGUAAUAUCUCUCUAUAUCUUCAACUAUCUCUUUAUUAAUUGUUUAUAUUUUCAGA